CGGCAGGUGCUGAUUGUGACCACCGCGGCGCUGCCCUGGAUGACGGGCACGGCGGUCAACCCGCUGCUGCGGGCGGCCUACCUGGCGCGCGACAGGGGCCGCAAGGUCACUCUCAUGAUCCCCUGGCUGGCCAAGCCCGACCAGAGCAAAGUGUUCCCCAACAACACCACCUUUGAGACGCCGGAGCAGCAGGAGGAGUAUGUGCGGGACUGGGUGAAGAAGCGCACCGGCUUUGACUCCGACUUUAAGGUCACCUUCUACCCAGGCCGCUACGCGCCCGAGAAGUGCAGCAUCCUGCCGGUGGGCGACCCCACUCAGUAUGUGCCGGACCACGAGGCCGACGUGGCGAUCCUGGAGGAGCCGGAGCACCUCAACUGGUACCACCAUGGCCGGCGCUGGACCGACAAGUUUAACCACGUGGUGGGGGUGGUACACACCAACUACCUCGACUAUGCGCGCAGGGAGGAGGGCGGCGACACCAAGGAGUUCCUGCUCAAGCACAUCAACAACUGGGUGUGCCGCAUCCACUGCCACAAGGUGGUCAAGCUGAGCGACGCGGUGCAGCCGCUGCCCAAGCAGACCACCGAGUUUGUGCACGGCGUGGCGGAGAACUUCCUGGACGUGGGCAAGAAGAAGAGCGAGCCGGCGCCAGAGGGUGGCAAGAGGUUUGCACGUGGCGCCUACUUCAUCGGCAAGGUGGUGUGGGCCAAGGGCUACACCGAGCUGCUGGACCUCAUGACCAAGCACUGCCGCGCGCACGGCGAUGUGGCCAUGGACUGCUACGGCACGGGGGAGGACCUGGAGGCGGUACGCACCGAGGCUGCCACCCGCCACCUGAGCCUGCGCUUCCAUGGCGCCAAGGACCACCUCGACACAUCCAUGCACGAGUACCAGGUGUUCAUCAACCCCUCCACCAGCGACGUGGUGGCCACCACCACUGCCGAGGCGCUGGCCAUGGGCAAGUGGGUCAUCUGCGCCGACCACCCCUCCAACCGCUUCUUCUCCCAGUUCAAAAACUGCCUCAUCUUCAAGACUCCCGAGGAGUUCUCGCAGCAUGUGGAGCAUGCGCUGGCGCACGAGCCACACCCCAUGGGCCCCGAGGACCGCCAGAACCUCACAUGGGAGGCCGCCACUGAGCGCUUCCUGGAUGUGACGGAGCUGACGGCCAAGGACCUGAAGCACUCUGCCGUGGACAACAUCCUGUACACAGCGCAUCGCACGCUGACGGGCGUGGAGCCGAUGCGGGCGCUGGUGGGCGCUGGCGCCAACACACGCGACAACCCGCAGCGCAUCACAGACUACGAGCCCGCCGCUUCGGACGUGGGCGGCCUGUUUGACGACCGCCGCCGCGCUGUCAAGGCGCACGGCCUCACAGCUGGCGCAGCAGCGGCCUCCGGCUCGCAGCCGACGCGAGCAGCCAUGCGCGCCAAGGCACGCGCGUGAGAUUCUUUCUGCUCCCCUGAACCCUUUGUGUGCGGCACUUCUGAGUGAAGGUUGCCGGUGGCCUACCCGUGCUGGCCACGCCUCUUCUCGCCGAUCCCAACCGCCCGCCGAUCUGACCUGCAUGCCCCCCUGUUUUUUUGUGAGGAACUGUUUGAUGCCUGCUUUGCAUUGUUUCGUGCUUGAUCCCCCAUUCCUUCUGACACUUCUCGGCCAAGUUUGGUUGACCAGCCUCCUCUCUGUAGACUAUGUUGCACCGGCC